AUGCCAGAAGAUGAGGAUAGUGAGAGUACUGGGAGUAGUGAUGAUGGUGGGAAUGGCAAUAAAAAUGUUUUGUUGUAUUUCCCGGACGCGUUUGGGUUAUAUGAGAAUGCUUUUCUCAUGAUGGAUGGGUUUGCAGCAGAGGGGUGGGUGGUUCUGGGAUGUGAUUAUUUUGGAGGGGACUCCGUAGCCAAACACACUACCUCACCCCUCAACGAUCCUUCCUUUGAUUUUUCAGCUUGGACGCAAAAACACCUGCGUUCUUCGGAAAUUCUUGCACAGACUUGGAUCAAAGCUGUUGUGGCAGAGUAUGGCAAAGACACCAAGUUUGCUUGUGUGGGAUAUUGUUGGGGUGCGAGAUUUGUCUGUGGUCAGCUUUCUGAGAGAGGAGUUUGUAAAGUGGGAGCUAUUGCUCAUCCGUCGUUUUUGAGUGAAGGGCAUGUGGCUGGUGUGCAAGCUCCACUGUAUAUCGUGGCACCAAGUGAUGACGAGCUCUUUCCACCCGACCUACGAAAUCGCACACAAGAAAUCCUCGCUAAGGGCAAAGCGCAGUUUUCUAUGCAGGUAUACUCGGGUGUUGGACAUGGGUUUGCGACACGCGCGAAUCUAGAAGACCCACAUGCGAAGUGGGCGAAAGAACAAUGCUUUAAAAAUUUCGUAGACUGGUUUGAUUAUUGGCUGUCGAGGGAGUGA